CACAAAAAGUUAAUUAACAGACAUCCCUCCGCCUACGCCGGCGGCUCCUCUGUUAUAUUUCCUACUCUCUUCCGAUCCAACUUACAGCUGCACAGUGUCCAUCGGCACAGGGAUGAGGCUUUCCGUCAUCGCCUGUUGCAUCGCGCGGCGUCGAGAGGAGGGAGAGAGGGAGGAAGCUGGGGGAGAGAAGAAACAGUACAGGGUGUUCACGUACGAGGAGAUCGAAGCCGCCACUUCGGGCUUCUCUGCUUCCGCCCUCCUCGGCCGCGGCAGCCACGGGUCCGUCUUCCUUGCCUCUCUCGACGGCGGCCGACUUCUUUCCGCUGCCAAGGUCCCCUCCCACUCCUCUCUCCAGUUCGACUCCUCCUCCGCCACCGACGCGGAGAUCGAACUCCUCUCCUCCCUCCCCCGCACUCCUCUGUUCGUCAACCUCGUCGGCGCCACCUCCUCCGCCCCUCGCAUCGCAGUCGUCGACUUCAUGCCGCGUGGCUCUCUCCACGAUCUUCUCCAUCAUCCUCAGCGUCCGCCUCCGCCCUUCCCCAUCCGCAUCCGCCUCGCCCGCCUCUCCGCCGCCGCCCUCGCCCGGCUCCACUCCCUCCGCGUCGCCCACCGCGACGUCAAGCCCGCCAACCUCCUGCUCGGCGCCGACGGCUUGCCUCGGCUCGCUGACUUCGGCCUCGCCAUCCGCAUACCUGCCCCCGUCGGUGCCAUUGCCGCUUCUCUGCCUCCGCCGGCUGGCACCAUGGGUUACCUCGACCCCGCCUACGUCCGCCCGGAACACGUCGGCGACAAGACUGACGUGUACAGCUUCGGCGUCGUCCUCCUCGAGAUCCUCAGUGGGCGGGAAGCAAUUGACGUGGAGUACAGCCCGCCUUCGCUGGUGGACUGGGCGGCGCCGCUGGUGGCGGAGGGAAGGUUCGGGGAACUGUGGGAUCCGCGAGCCGCGCCAGCAGGGAAGAGGGAGGAGGAAGCGGCGAAGGCGGUAGCUGAGGUGGCGAGCAAGUGCGUGGCGGCGGAAGCGGGGCGUAGGCCGUCGAUGGCGGAGGUGGCGGCGGCGCUCCAGGCGGUGGAGUCGCGCAUGGGGCUGCAGCGCAGGGUAAGGUGGGGCCCGGGGAGGAGGGAAAAGAGGUCCCACGGCAAAGGGAGAGUGUCCAACGUGGCUAGGUCGUAGCGACUCGCUCAUCAUUCCUCAUCGAUGAAAAUACGUGGCGUUCACGUGAGACGCGGGACGACAAGUUUACAGACAGACACAGUGCUUAUCGGGUCGUAUAUCAUAAUAACAAUCCAGUCGUCGAUGUCUAGGGCCCCGCAAGGCGACAAUUCAACUGGUGAGGCUUUAAGACAUACUGUUAUUGAUACUUGAUAGGAAGAAGAACAAACAGCAGCACUGAUUCCGAUUCCAAUUCCAAUUCCAAUUCCUCUAUAGACAUGCCGAUCAGAAAGAGUUCUUUUAGGGCUGAAGCGGGAGAAAUAUUAAAAAUUUUUGUUAUAUCAUACCUAUCUAUCGAAAUAUACUAAAUCAUUUUAAUUUUAUAUUAUAUUAAAAAAAAUUGUAUGAUAUAAUAUAGUAUUAAAAUUUUUAAUAUCGAUACCAGUAUAAUAUUUAUCUUAAAAUUUUUUAUAUAUAAUACUGACAUUAAAAUUUUAUCCUAAAUAAUAUAUGAUACGGUGUAUUGUGAAUAGACCUAAUGAUCAAUAUGACAUGACAAUUAAAGUCAAAAUAAGAUAGCAGUCAAAUCUUAGUGAGAUGAUAAUCAAAGUCAGAGUGUAUGUAGUUGAACGAGUCAUCCUUACCCGGGCUCAACUCAUCAUUCCUCAGUGCUAAGUCUCUUAGUAAGAAGUUGGUCGGCUCCAUAGCCCGUUUGGCUUAAGAGUUUUGGUGCUCCAUUUUAAUGUCAAAAGCAUCCAGGAUAUAGUUGGUCGGCCCUAUAGCGGGAGGUACUUAUAGGGCUCAGCUCUCUCCAUUCCGCAAGCAUGUCUCUUAGUAUACAGUUGAUCGGCCUAUAACGCCGGUUGGACAGGAGAUACUUAAAGCUCUAUUCAGUGCCAAAACACAAAAUAAACUCAGUUGGACAAAGAUCAGGUCGAAUGUCUAUGGCUUAGCCCUCAUCCUUCAAAGGUAUUCUCCCAUCACACAACCAAAGUAGUCUCCCAGUGUACAGUCGAUCAACCCAAGUACCGGUCGGACUUACAAAGCAUAGUUCCCUACUUCACAGUGCCAGGACACUUAGUAUAUAGCUGCUUGGCCUAAGGAAUCGACCAAAUUUAUGAGACUAAACUCCCCAUCACUCAUGUGUCAGGCACACAUCAUAGAGUCGGUCGGAUAUAAGUCCAGUCGAACCACCUUCAAGAGACAACAUUGUCAAAGAAUCACAAUAAUCUACAGAGAACAAUAACUAUUUAUCAGGAAAUAUUUCUCUAUACCUGUAAUAGAAUCUUCCUAUGAGUGUGGCUAUACAUAUUCUAGCUUCUGAGAGUA